UGUCAGGGAGGUCUAACACCUGUGGUAUAUGAGACACAUCCCACCACAACCUGUUCACACAAACACCUCCUCGGGAACCUCACAGGUAGGAUGGGAUGACUUGAGACUCAGCUCUCCUGCUUUAGUUUUGAAUGGUCAAACCAAACAUAUUUAGAAUAGUGAAUAAUUGUUUAGGGAAGUUUAUCAUUUUUGAAAUAUAACAGAUUUUGUUUAGUGGUACAUUUUACAUGUUUAUUUCCUGUAUGGGAUAACAAAUCUCACAACCAUCUCUGCAUUAUCAUCUGCUUUGCACUCUGAUCAUGGAUGCUGACUGUGGCUCUUUCUGUUCUGUGAAUGUCCUCUGAGUGUCUCUCAUCCUCUCUCUCCACAGUAGUUAAGAUGCUCUCCCUGUACUGUGUCUCUGCUGUGAUGGCUAUUGUCCUCCAGCCUGCCUUCUCCAUUACCUACAACUGUUCUGCUCUGUACAAGAGGGUCCCAGGUAAGUCCUGAGGGUUGAACCACAUGGCUAUUCAGGGGUGGAAUUCCCCAUGUGAAAAUCUCAGGGGGAACAUUUUGACCUGAACAAUAAUUGAGACAUGGUGAUCAGACAGUGGUAAGCUCACUGAGUGAUUCCCCCCCAGUAACUUGCCUGGCUGGGCUGAUGAGACAGUGGAUUGCGCAGUCAGGUGUAACAGAGUAAAUAGGCAUUUUAACGUCAUAGAUUUAGCUGGUGGUAACUUGUGGAAUAGACACCGGCUGGAAUGCGCUUUUAACCAAUCAGCAUUAAGGAUUAGACCCACCCGUGGUAAGAUCACUGAGUGAUUCCCCCCCCAGCAGCUACUGUAGCCUACUAAUGAUUCUGUAUAUGUUUUAACCUCUACUCCCUCUCCUCUGUGGCCACUCAGACAACAACGACUUGACGGUGGACUGCGGGGCCAGUGUGAUCAACCUGAAGGUGAACCUGUGUACGGCUCAGUGGGCAGGCUUCGACCCCGCCGGUCUGGCUCUGAAUGGAGAGCACAACAAGAGCCAGUGCCAGGGCUUGAUUGACACCAGCGUGGAUCCGCCUGUCAUCCGUUACCAGCUGCCUGUCAAUCACAGCCAGGAGAACCCCUGUCGCCAGUCACUGCAGGUGAGAGGGUGACUGUACAUUCACUGUGACAGAGUGCCUUAGGUAAGGUGUACAUUUUAGUCAUUUAGCAGACGCUCUUAUCCAGAGCGACUUACAGUUAGUGAGUGCAUACAUUUGUAUUUUUUCAGGACUUCUGCAUAUAUACCGUGCAUGCACAAUGAGAGAGUGCCUUAGUUACGGUGUAAAUUAGGACAUCAUUAGGUUUUGGGCUAUUUAACUGUAUGUAAUGUAUGUCCAAGAUUAGCCUUCUGGUGGUUAUUUGGGAAAUAGGAAAAUUGUGUGUAGCCUACUGUGAACUGUGCAAUUGUGUAAAAUGAUACUACCUUACCUUAUUAUAGAAUCGAAUGUAAACCAAACCUAAUAUUUAUAAGUUGUGUUUUGUGUACUAGCUAAGUGUCUAAUAACAACUUGUUGAUCCUAUAUCAAUCCAAUCAAUCAUGAUCUUACAUUGAUGCAUCAUUGUGUUGGUCCUAUAUAAUUGAUCUAUCAUUCAUUGAUCUUAUAUCAACAACUGACUAGACACCCCCUUUCCUUUUCCCUUUCAAUCAUCAAUUCAUUGAUCCAUCAUUGUGUUGAUUGAGCCUAGAUCUUGGACGAGGCCCCGGAUGCCUCUGGUUCCUUCAGCUUUUUCUCCAGCGUCCAGUCGGUCAUCAUCACGGGCUACCUUGACACCCCCAAGUCCUCUGUGGGGAUCAUCAGUUAUGCCACAGACCUCUAUUAUCACUUCUCCUGCCGCUACCCGCUGGAGUACCUUCUCAACAACACAAAGAUCGUGGCGUGAGUCUCUGUCCUCUAUCUGUUUAUCAGUAAAAAUAUACUUUAUUGAUCCCCAGAGGGUGAAUUGGGUUAUAUAGCUAGCGAGGUAGCUAGAUGUUUUUUAAUUUAAUUAAAAAAAAAAUUGGGUUACAAAUGAACUCUGUAUUGCUACCCAGUGAUUAAUUCAAGGCACACAAACAGACAACGUUUCGAUCCCACUGGGAUCUUCGUCAGGUCAGCUGACGUAUAAAUGAACGAUGACACUUUCUCCUUCUUCUCUAACUCCAGCUCUCUCCCACUCUUUCUAUCUUAGGUCGUCAGUCUCAGUGGCCACUAGUGACAAUAAUGGCACAUUCAUUGACACGUUGAGUAUGAGUGUUUUUAAUGUGAGUGCAGUAUUACAUUCCUAAUGCAUAAAAAAGCAUCCAUUAAUGGUCAGGGCUGUUUGAGAUGUAUAUACACUGUCCCCGCCUAUAGAAUGUUAUUACAAUGUAACUAUAUCUUAGCGACAUAUUAUGACAGGUUAAUUUACUCUUAUUUUACUCUGCUAUUAGUCUUUUGAUUUGGAUAUUUACAGAAUAAACCUCACCUGUGAUCUUCCUCACAACUCCUUCUCUUCUCUACUGUUUGUUGUGCAGGACACUGAUUACGGUCACCAAUUGGUGGUUCCACCGACAGGACUUGAAUUGCGUUCCAAGGUUUACGUGGAGGUCAAGGCCACCAACCUCACUGGGAAGUAAGUCAAGCUUUUGUCUCUUAACUUAUCUACUGGAUCAAUUGUCAGAGUCCACACUCAUUUCAUGUACAGUAUUUUGUAUUGUAGUUUGCCAUAUCCAUUAUAUUCAUUUUUAUUUGUAUAUUCUAUAUUUACAUUAUUCUGAAUGGUAUACACUCUUUUUCUAACAAAUUGACAUGAUGACUCUCUCUCUUCUAUCUCUCUCUCUCUCUCUCCCUCCCUAAAACAGUUUUAAUUUGUUACUUGACCACUGCUUUGCAACCCCAUCUGCGUACAACAUGUCAAACAAUGAGCAGCACAACUUCUUCACAGGGUUUGAUAAAAACCAUCCUCUCAUCAAUUUCAAAUACAGAGAAAUAUGGAUGAUAAAUUACAGGCCAAUAUAUUGGUCGUAUUAAGUGUGUGCAAAAUGACAAUUCUUAAAAUCCUUAUUCACAGAUGCUCUGUUGAUCCACGCUCAUCAGUCACACAGAAUGGGAUUUCCAAGAAUUCCCGAUUCUCCUUUGAGGCAUUCCGCUUUGUGACACACAAUAACUUGGAAAAGUCCAGUAUCUACCUGCACUGUAUCCUUCGACUGUGUGAGCCCAGCAAGUGUCGGGAACUGGUUGAUGUAAGUGGAGUCCACCCAACUACACCAUUCUAACGUAUCUUGUUCUCUACAAUUAGCACCAUCGAUAGAACAGUGUUGACCUUGACCCAUCACAGCAACCUUGUCAAGAGAUCGGAUCUCUUGGUGUAGUGGCUAACGUGUUGGGAUGACAGUCACUGGACCCGGGUUUCAAGUCCGGUUGGCGCUACCCCCGGAAUUCGCUGCAAUACUAUAAAUAGUUUGUAUAAGCAUAAAAACUUGUCUUUGUCACAGGCUUGCAAUAGCAGGAGAAAGAGAUCGCUGGAGCCUUUUGGAUCCGAGUCAGUGGAAUCAGCCACUGUUUCUGUGGGACCACUCUAUACCAGCAGAGCUGGUGAGACCUGGAAUAUUCUAUUAACCAUUUUGUUCAACAUUAUGUCUGAGAUUCUGAUAUUCAGUAAUAAUGAUCACGGGUAGCAAGUAAUUCACUGGAGUUUAUAGAGUUAAUUGCUAUCAGUACCACUGCUACUUAAAUUCAAUUUCAGUGAAUAAUAUGAUGUUUUCCCUCUCUGUUGUUUUUCCUACAGAGGAAAGACCUGCUGCGUUGGCAUAUAGUGAGUUAAAUGUUUUCGCUAAAUUCAAGUGUUAAAUGGUUAAUAUGUCUAGGUGGGAGGAUAAACUCGUCAUUUAAAGCACGCCCCCAAACUAAAGCUCUACUUUUCCUCUGUGUGAUCCAGGCAGCGGAGGGGUACAGUCAGGAGGUGACAGGGUUAACAUCACAGGGCUGGUGGUAGGGAUCCUCUUUGGCACCGCAGCCAUAGCCCUGGUGGUCCUAGGCAGCUGGUUUGUCUUCAAGAAGCUCUACUGGGCAGGCGGUCUGUCCCAUGCCUUUGACUGAAAGGUGUCUUGGCCAAUGACCAUCUACCAACUAACCUGUCCACCUGCGAGCUGCCCAAUCUGAUUCGCCUGAUUGGGUGUGUUUCAGAUUUCUCAUUAUGUCAAUAUUUUUGUAGCCAAAACUACUAGAGGACCUUGAGCGUGUCCUAAGAAAAUAAGUUGACACUAGUGUCUAAUUCUCCUUUUGUUUAUAGAUUAAGUUAAUCAAUUCCUGAUACGCAAUAUCAAUUACCAGUUAUGAAGGAAAAUGUAUAAAUGCCUGAACCAUGUUGAAUAUUUCACCUUUUGUACUAACAUAUAAGCAUUUCUGAAAGUAUGUUAAGCGCUUGAGCAAUACUGUACAAGACGAGGCAACAUCAAUACUUCUCUGAAUUGAUAUCAUUAUUCUGGAAUGUGGGAACUGAUAUAUUACCUAUGGCAUUUAUCUGACUACUAUUAAUAGCAUUGCCUAUGACUCCAUAUAUGCACUGAGUCUUCCACAAUGCUAUAAUAUGUUAUGGGUUUUGGGGAUUUUAUUUUGAUAUACUGUACUCAAUACAGUUGACUUGUAACCUAAGAUGGCUGAGUUUAGCAAACCAAGUUAUCGUGUCAAUCAUGCUGCAAUUUCAGACCUGCUGCAGCUGCUCUGUACUGUAUAUUAUUUGAAAAAAUACUAAA